UUAACAGUGUGCCCGACACCGCCAACCUGACAGCGGCAACCCGACCGGCUCCCACUCUCAGGGAUACAACCCUUUGAAUCUAUAGCAAGGAAAAUCUGUCAUGUCUGUUGUCAGUGAAUUCUCUAACAUUGGGACACUAAGUGGGAGCUUCUAAGAGAUGUGAAUUCCCGGGGACCCGACAGGCACAUUUAAAUCCUUCUUCUGGUUGAUUUCCACGAACAGAUUUUGGAAAUUAUUGCAUACAUAUACUGAAAUUUGCAAACGCUCAAAUCCUAAUUUGUUUCAGUACUGGAAUAUUGCGUGUCAUCUUUGCAUCAGUGUGUCAUGCUUUGUUUUACUACCACAGUGGAAAGUUUAUGGAAAACCGCCUGAGUUGAUGAAUGCAAACAUCGCGGGCCUUGAGUGACUGGGUUGAUGCAAAGUGGCAGCAAACUGAGAAUGAAUCUCUUGUGUGUUCUCACCUUCACGAUCCUGUUUGGUGUGUGCAGCAGUGUGAGAGGUCCUCCGAGGAUUUCUAAGAAAGUGCAGAGCCGGCAGCCGGUGAAGCUGGGCCGCACGGUCAGGUUAGCCUGUCCAGUGGAGGGCGAUCCCCCGCCACUCACCAUGUGGAUCAAAGAUGGUCGCACCAUUCACAGCGGCUGGACAAGGUUCCGAGUCCUUCAGCAGGGCCUCAAAAUCAAGGAGGUGGAAGUGGAAGAUGCAGGGGUCUACAUCUGCAGAGCAACUAAUGGGUUUGGCAGCAUUCAUCUCAACUAUACCCUGAUCAUCAUCAAUGACAGCAGCACAGUAAGCAGUGGCCAGCCCCUUCCCGAAGGGUCUCAGUCGGAAUCGCCAAACCCGGAGACCACAGGAAAAGAACUGAUUAAACCCAGGUUCACGCAGCCCAGUAAGAUGCGCCAGCGAGUGAUAGCGAGGCCGGUGGGCAGCUCAGUCCGCCUGAAGUGCACAGCAAGUGGGAACCCUCGCCCUGAAAUCGUCUGGUGGAAGGACGAUCAACGGAUCGCCGAGGACAGAAAGAACAGGUGGACCCUCAGCCUGAGGAACCUAAAGCCCGACAGCAGCGGGAAGUACACAUGUCACGUCUUCAACAUGGCAGGCGAGAUCAACGCCACCUAUAAGCUCGACGUUGUUGAGAGGACGAGGUCCAAGCCUGUGUUAACUGGCACUCAUCCAGUCAACACGACAGUGGAGUAUGGAGGUACAACCUCUUUCCAGUGUAAGGUGCGGAGCGACGUGAAGCCAGUUGUCCAGUGGCUAAAACGAGUGGAGUACGGGACUGAGGACAAGUACAACUCCACCAUCGAAGUGGGGGGGCAGAGGUUUGUGGUGCUGCCAGCUGGUGAUGUCUGGUCCCGCCCAGAUGGGUCAUACCUCAACAAGCUGCUGAUAGCUCGAGCGACUGAAGACCACUCGGGGAUGUACAUCUGUCUGGGUGCCAACACCAUGGGUUACAGUUUCCGAAGCGCCUUCCUCACUGUGCUUCCAGAUCCCAAAAUUGAGAAGACAACUACCUCCUCGCGUGCCGCCAGUGGAUUACCGUGGCCGGUUAUUAUCGGAAUCCCCGCUGGUGCCAUUUUCAUCUCUGGCACAAUUUUACUGUGGUUUUGCCAGACAAGGAGACACGGAUCACACCCACCACAGCACCGGCACCAGCGAGACUGUAUGGUCCUGGACAAAGACUGCACACCCAUCGCAACCCCAGAGUUCACAGUGGCCUCUCAGCCCCACCUGCUGGUUCAGACCUCUGCCAUGGUGCCCACCGUCACCCCCAAAGUGUACCCGAAGAUCUACAUGGACUUUCACACCCACACCCAUGCACAUACAGAGGGCAAGAUCCACCAGCACCAACACUUCCACUACCAGUGCUAGCUACAAAGCUCUCAAUCCUGGCAACCCAGGCCUCUUGUUAAAAAAAUGCCAAGGGACUCACGCUACGUUGACUUAAAACUCAAAUACCACCAGCAUAUUUCUAACAGUAAUGUGAAACCCCAGAAGCAACCAGGUUUCCUCCCUUGGAGACGGCCAGAAUAAAACCUCCUGGCUCCAAAUGCUCAGGCCGCUAUGCGAGAGGCGGCUACUGUGAGAGCCUGGAGUGACUGAACUUCUGCAUGGUGCGUUUAUUUGGUCUGGUUAUCCUGUUACUCUGUGUUCCCAAUGCCCCGAAACUCAAAGGACACGAUUGCUGCAUGCCCGCUCACUAUCUGAAGAGUCUGGUUUGUAUUUGUUGAGUGAGGUGUCCAGAAAAAAAAACUAACAUGUAAACUAGGCUGUGAGAAGUCUGACAUUCUUGGGAUGCUCAGCGUAGCUGAAAUUUGUCUCUUAAGAGUCAGUGACAGAUUUGCUUGCUAAGGCUUUUGAUGGACUGUCGUCAUCAACAGAACUAAAUAAAUAAGUCACAACCAGGGCCACAGUCUUACUUGCCCCACAUCCUGUAUCAAGCACUCAACUAUUCAUCUUUAGUGCAGAAGUAACAACACAAACAGUGUAGGAUAUGCUGGGCUCGAAACCUGAUCACUUUAUUCUGCGCAGUUUUAUAAAGCCCAAAUUACUUGGAAGGUCUCAACCUCCGCUGUUCUUCAUGAAGCAAGGAUUCCGAUGAAGCAAAUCCCCAUUUCUGCUUUUCCUUCCAAGAUUGCCGGCUCCCAUUGUUACAGUACAGAUUUGAAGUAAAUCAGCUAUGGACGAGGAUGGGGGAUGGUCAGCACCGAACUAAAAAUCUAAACCAAGGUUGAUUUGUUGAAGCCGAAACCAUUGUUUUCAGGCAAACAUCCGGACACCUCUGCACUGAGAAAUGCAAAUGUGUGUCUGUAUUAUAUACACAACAGUAUGAGGUAAAAAGACAAACAUUAUGCACAAAGGAUGUCAUUGGAUGAUAUUUUCUCAUCAAAAUAUUUAUGAGAAUUCAAAUAAUUUUAUUAAA